CCGCGCGCAGCAAUGAAGAGGUCGUCCUCUAGGAUCCUGUCGCCGGUGGAUGCUGCCCCGCAACGCAGCGUCCCUCCACUCCCGAGCAUCCUCCGACAUCGACGCUUUCGCCGACGAGACCCGAAGUGCGACGGAAAAGGCGCGCUAUACCAGCGUCUCGCCACGGGGCGGGCCAGGCGGAGCUGCGGCUGCGCACUUGUCAGCCAAGGGCGUCCCUCCUCCUGGCAGCCACGCGGCAGCGACGGGAAGCAGCGGUGCGCCGAGCGUCAACAACGCGUCGAGACCACGCGCCCCUACCUGACGCCGGCGGGAAUAAAGGCCGAGGUUGGCCAUGCUGCUGUCAAGCCGUCGGGCGAUGAAAUCCGCCGUGUGGCUCGCGUCUUCGCUGGCGGACGGUGAUGCAGUGGCGAGGCUGCGGCGACGGCGGCAUCUCUACGACCGCAUCCUACGUGUGGACCACGCUGGCGAGCUGGGCGCUGACCGCAUCUACGCUGGUCAAAUGUGCGUGCUGGGCCGUGACCCCGUGAUCCGCAACAUGUGGGAGCAGGAGAAGGAGCACCUACGCGCCUUCGAGCGCCUCUUGCCGCUGCACCGGGCACGACCCAGUGCACUACGGCCCCUGUGGGACUCUGCCGGAUUCGCACUUGGCUUCGCUUCAGCACUGCUGGGCCAUCGCAGCGCCAUGGCGUGCACGGUGGCAGUGGAGUCGGUCAUCACGGAGCACUACGAGAACCAAAUCCGCGAACUGCUGGCCGACGCUGGCGAGGAUCAUGCUGAGCUGCUAGACUUGCUGCGCCGAUGCCGAGACGACGAGCAGGCGCACCACGACGCGGGUCUCGAGCACGGUGCCGAGGGGGCACCACUCUAUGCUCUGCUCACAGCUGCCGUCAAGGCCGGCUGCCGCGGCGCCAUUUGGGUCGCCGAAAGGGUGUGAGCGAACGGUGCAGGUUAGACUUAGACGGGUACAUAAAUGAAACAACUGUGCGGAAUGCAUGUAGUGCAACGAGUACAAACAUUUGUACGGGAGUCUGUAAUUUCAAGCAGAAAAUAAAAAAAGGCUGAAACCAUGCA